GCACGUGACCCAAUAGACUUGUCACUAGAGAUCGCGUUCUGUGCGUUCCUUUCGCUUUGCUUCCGGGUUCCUCUAUAUAGAGGUUUGGAACAAAAGCUCCGCCCACUGAGUGGCUGUGCAUAGUGUGGGACAUGGCGGAAAGGGGGAGUACGUCUAAAUCACGCAAGGCUCGGGGAAAAAGUUCAGGAAAUUUUCAGGUCAGUGAUUUAACUAGUGAAGAUGCCGCUAAAAGGAGAGCCGCCCUGGAAAUUGCUGUAAAGCGUAAGAUUGAAGCUGAGAAACUUGCGUUGCAAAUUGUGGAACAUCUUUUAGAAGAUGAUGUUUCAGAAGAGUACUUAUUGGACUGUGCAAAAUGUAUUGCCCCUGCCCACUAUAAGGAUGCAAUUGAAGAAAGAACUAUUAUCCAGUUAUGUGGAUACCCUCUAUGCAAUAAAAGGCUUGAAAAUGUACCAAAGCAAAAAUAUAAAAUUUCUACAAAAACAAACAAAGUUUACGAUAUUACUGAGAGAAAGUGUUUCUGCAGCAAUUUCUGUUUCAGAGCAUCCAAGUAUUAUGAAGCUCAGCUUCCUAAAACCCCAGUGUGGACGCGAGAUGUAGAGAGCCCACCCGAAAUAAAACUCCUGAAAGAAGGAAAGAGUGGUCAAUCUGGUAUAGAGGUUAAGUUAUCUGUAAGGCGCAUAAAAUCAUCAGAGAUCGAAAAACCUGCAACAUUUACUGAGGAAUGUGAUCCCAACUCUCCUGACAGUGAUAGUGAUGGCCAUGAUGACAACAAGCAGACAUUUGUAUCAUCAGUAAUUUCAAACUGUGAUGACACAGAAAAAGUAGGACAGAGGAAUUCUAUUAAUAAUAAUUUGGAAAAGGCUCCAAACCUAGAGCACAGCUUGAGUGAAACAAUGGAAAGGUUGCAGAAAUGCAGUGUAAGUGACCAAGAAGUCAAGUCAAACUCACAUCAUCAAGUCAAAAAGACACAGAAUUGUCCAAACAAUAUUGAAACUGCAGAUCAUGUACAAAGUAAUGUAGAGAUUUUGGGAUUGACACAAAGAGCUGUGAGCAAGAAGGGGGCAGAACAGCUCCGUAAAAUACUGCGCAAUUCAACACAAUAUCAAACUGCUCUUAAAGAGGGUAUUUCCCCUGUUGCUGCUAAGGGAAGUAUGCUAGAAGUACUUACACAGACCUUAAAUGAAUGGAAAACUGAAGAAACCCUGAAAUUUUUGUAUGGUGAACAAUAUGUGUUCGAGACCUCAUUUAAUAAGGAACGCUGUGUAAAGAGUGAAUUUGAAAUUGAGGAUCUGGAUGAAGAUGAUUUAAGCGUUGAUCCAAAUAAUGUCAGUAGCUUGGAUGAGUCUUUGCCUUUUCGAGACAUAAGUGAUCCAGCAAAACCUGUGCCAGAUUAUGAAAAGCUAAAAGAGGAGGUGGAUAUGCAACAUAUUAAAGUGAAAGAAUUUUUUAAAGGACAUUAUGUUUUUCCAGAAGAAGUGAAAUCUAUAAUAAAAGAGGCUAGAAAUAACAAAUCUGAUAUCUCCUGGACCCCAGCCCUUCCUCUCGUAGAUUCUUGUUCUCAGCAGCAAAUCCGAAGGCGAAUUGUGCUUGAAAAACUUAAAAAAGUACUGCCAGCUAUUUUGUUACCCCUCCAAAUAACUUAUAGUGAAGUUGCAAAGGAGCUGCACGACCUUGUUAGAACAUUACGAUUUACCAACAAAAAUAUCACUCAUACCAUACCAGAAUGGUCUAUCAUAGCUAUUGUCCUUUUGUCCGUAUUGCUGCCUUCAAUACCGCUUCAUAAAGACACCCAAACAAAUCCUCUAAACACGCAAUUUGUGUCCAAGCUGUUGGAAGAAUUGCACUUCCAAAAUGAAGAUCUGGAAAGGUUGAAGGAAAGAUUUGCUUGCAAUCAUAUGCCAAAUGUCAGUUAGAUUUUCCUCCUAUGCUACAAACAUGCACGAAUUGUUCAGGCGCCACCAAAUCACUUUGUGCUUAAUAACAAGCAAAUAUUUUCUCCUUAUAGCGUCCCAUUUUUUCAUGUUCAAAUAUCAAAGGUAUUUACUUAGGGGACUAAUGCUUUGCACUCCAUAUUGAAUCAGACCUGUGAAAGUGCACCCCUUGCUAAUAGGAAUAUUGUAAGACAGAAUAUACAAAUCUUGCCUAAUAAGGGUACUAAACAACAUGUUACAAACCUUACUGCUUCUCAUUUUUGUCUCUGUUCCAGUCUCUGUGUAAAACAAAAACCACUUUUGUGAUUUGCUCAUACACCUGCCUAAUAAUCCUGCCUUUUAAGUAAACCGUUGUCAAUAGCAAA